AUGGCUCGUGUUAGGAUAGACAGUAGAAAGCGUAAGAGAUCGCAGGUCCCAGAACCUCGUAAUCAAGCGGCUGAUGAAGAGAUUACAGACCCAUCUUCUAAUGAAGAUGGAAGCGAUGCAGAGGCACUAGAAGAGCAGAAUGAAGACGAAGAAAUAGACUCUGAGGAAGAGUUUGAACAAGAAAACGCUGCGGACAAGAGACGUCGUCUGGCUAAACAAUAUCUGGAUAACUUGAAGGCUGACGCGAACGAAAUAAUGAACGAAACUCAGGAAAAACCAGAUGCUCUUGCUGAAGUGGAGGAAAACUACAACAAUUUCGACGCCCGCGAUUUGGAUCGUGAAAUCGUAGCCUCCCGGCUGAAGCAAGAUGUUGCUGAACAGCACGGUCGUAUCUAUAGAUUCAUUGGCGACAAAUUGCUAGUUUCUGAAGCCAAGACCUCCUUCAGCAGAGUUGGUGAAAGAAGCUUAACUGCCAUUAGUUGUUAUCAGCCAGUCAUCAACAAAUUCUCGCAUGAGGUUGCUCAAAACAAGAAUAAGGGAAAACUAUUUGCUUAUACGGUUAGCAAGGACAUGUGCCUGACCAAGUACGACAUUACAGAUUUCAACUCAAGGCCCAAGAAAUUGAAAUUCACUAAAGGUGGGCGUCGUUAUGUUCCAGAAAGCAAAGUUGAAUUCGAGAACACCACAGAAGGGCACUACGAUGAGAUUUUGACACUUGCAGCAUCGCCAGAUGGCAAGUAUGUGAUAACUGGUGGUAGGGACAGGAAGCUUAUCGUUUGGAGUUCAGAAUCAUUGGCCCCCGUCAAGGUCAUUCCUACAAAAGACAGAAGAGGUGAGGUCCUCUCCUUAGUGUUCCGUAAGAACUCAGAUCAGCUGUAUGCUGCUUGUGCAGACUACAAGAUCAGAACAUAUUCAAUCAAUCAGUUUUCGCAAUUGGAAGUCCUGUAUGGGCAUCAAGAUCUCGUUGUCGACAUUUCUGCUCUGAGCAUGGAAAGAUGUGUCACUGUUGGCUCUCGUGACCGUACUGCCAUGCUUUGGAAAAUUGCAGAUGAAACUAGGUUAACCUUCAGAGGUGGUGACGAUCCUGAAAGACUCUUGAGAAGGUGGAUAAAGCAAAAUAGUGAAAAAUCUGAAGACGGUAAAGAAGUUAAGCCAAGUGAAGAUAAGACUCCAGUGUUUUACGGCGAAGGAAGCAUUGAUUGCGUAUCCAUGAUAGACGACUCGCACUUUAUCACCGGCUCCGAUAACGGUAAUAUUUCCCUGUGGUCUUUGUCGAAAAAGAAGCCAAUGUUCACCGAGCGCGCAGCGCAUGGAGUAAUUCCUCUUCCAGAAUCGACUCAAAUAUCUGCAGAAAGUAAUAAGGAAAAACGCGACGAACAACUUCAGAACAAGAAGAUAUCACAACCAUACUGGAUAACUGCUUUACAUGCUAUUCCGUACUCAAAUGUUUUCAUAUCUGGAUCGUGGGAUGGUAGUCUUAGAAUAUGGAAACUCUCUGAAAAUCUAAGAGAGAUUGAACUUCUUGGCGAGUUGCCCGGCUGUCACGGUGUAGUAACAAAAAUCCAAGCCGUAGAGAGCGGUAAGCAUGGUAGAGAAACCUUCCGCAUACUGGCAAGCGUAAGCAAAGAGCAUAGACUAGGUAGAUGGAUGACCCGUAUGACAGGCGCCAGGAACGGUAUAUUCUCAGCAACUAUUGAACAAACUGGCUUUUAA